UCUCCCCUUACUGGAGAUUGAAAUUGAUUUUCCAGAGAAAUGGCUUCGGAAGAUUCUAAGCCGGUGAAGAAAGAGGAGGAGUCCAACAACAAGAGUUCCGUUUCCAAAAAGGUCGCAAAAGUUAAGAAAGAAGAGGUCGAAUCCGUGAAGAAGAAACCUAAAGCCGUGCCCGUCAAGAAGGAACCUAAAGUCAAGAAGGAAAUCGAAGACGACGACGACGACCUUCCCCUCGCCAGAAGGACCUCCAACUCCAAGGAAGUGAAUAAAAAGAAGAAGACAAAGGAGAAAGUAAAGGAGAAGGGGAAAAAGAAAGAGAGAAAGGUUUAUGAUUUACCUGGCCAGAAACGUGAUCCACCGGAGGAGAAAGAUCCUCUUCGGGUUUUCUACGAGAGUUUGUACGAGCAAAUUCCCAACAGCGAAAUGUCACAAAUCUGGCUGAUGGAAUCGGGGUUGCUUCCUAAGGAAAUUGCAAAAGAAGUAUUUCAGAAGAAGCAAAAGAAAUGUCCGCAGAAGCUGUCUUCUCCAGUUAAGGUGGUAUCGGCUGCGAAGAGGAGCACCAAGAGUAUCACCAAAUCUGUGACAGUUAAGAAGAAAAACCCAACUUCCCCUUUGUCUUCUCUUAAAAAGAGUACUACGAACUCCACGUCGAAGCAGUCUAACAAGAGGAAGUCUAAGGCUCUAAGCUCAGAAGAUGACGAUGUCACCGAUUCUGAUGAUGAAUUUAUUAUGUCGACCGUAACAAAGAGGAGAAAAAUGGCUUAAUUAUGCCCAUCUGUGACAACAUUUUUAUUUUGACAUUAUGUUAUUUAACUUGUGGAAUGUUAACCAGUCUGCUUCAAUACUCACAUCUCAACUCUCACUCUGACACACAUCUGUGUCUUGUCUGAUGUAUUACUUUUUCUUUGUGGAUUUGGAUAGGAUGAGGAAGAGAAAGAUAAGGGGGGUAAAUUAUGCACAACUAUGGUGGAUAGCUGGUGGCAAACUAUUCCUUCAUUUCUAAUUGUUUUUGCUUUUUU